CACACAUUCCUGAAUGAAUACGAAUCUCGAUCCACUGACCAAAUGACAGACGUCAUUCGUGUGUCGCCCGAUAAAGGUGGUUUCAUUCGCGUCAAAUGUUUAGUAUAACAAGAGACACAGUCGCAGCAAUAUGUCCACCGAUCUCAAGGUAAACAUACCGUCAUUCACACUCAACAAUGGUUUGAAGAUACCUGCUGUUGGCUACGGCACGUGGGUCAAUGUUGAUAAAAAUAACCGCCUCUUAUUGGAAGAUAAGCCGAAAUUACUAGAGGCUAUGUCACACGCCAUUGACGUGGGCUAUAGACACUUGGACACGGCACACCUUUACCGGACAGAACCGGAAGUUGGCUGGGUAGUGCGGAAGAAGAUACAGGAAGGGGUGAUCACCAGGGAGCAAAUGUUCAUCACUACAAAGGUAUGGCAGCACAAUCACAGGCCGGAAGAUGUCGAGGCCUCGGUCCGAGGAUCCCUUCAGAGGAUGGGUCUGGAUUAUGUUGAUCUCGUGCUUAUGCACUGGCCUAUGGCUAUAUCGGUCGAGGGUGCGGAUGAAAAAAUUGAUUACAUUGAAAGCUGGCGCGGGUUCGAGUCCGUUUUAGACAAAGGUCUGGCAAAAUCUAUAGGCGUCUCAAACUUCAAUGCUCAACAGAUAGAGAGGUUGUUGAGGAACUGUCGAGUCAAACCGGUGGUGAACCAAGUUGAGUUAAACAUAAACCUGGCCCAAAAAGAUUUGGUGUCUUAUUGCCAGAAGAAUGACAUCCAGUGUGUCGCGUACACGCCCUUCGGUAGUAUGAUGUCGAGUAGAGAAGAUCCGAAUAAUGAAGGGACGAAGGUCGAUGACCCCCGGCUGACAUCCAUCGCCAAAAAACAUGGAAAAACUGUUGGACAGAUAGCACUCAGACAUUUGUAUGAACGCGGUUUGGUCGCUAUACCAAAAACGAUAACGAAGUCUCGCGUCGUGGAAAACGCUUCCAUCUUCGACUUCCAGCUCGAUGCAAGCGACGUUGAGACGCUAAACGCUCUCGACAACGGCUAUCGAACAGUUCGUCCGUUAUUCUGGCAAGAAUAUGAAUACUAUCCGUUUGAUCGUGUCGACGCCCCGAUACCGAAGAUACCGGAGCAAUACUUGAAGUGGGAAGAUGGCGGGAAAAUUGACAUCUGACAAAAAGACAUGUGACACUUGUUGAGAAUAAUUGAAAUAAUUACUAAUGCUUCA